UGAAGAAGACGGUCGUGAAGCAGACGAAACCAGGCAACUGGAGGGAAGGCAUUGUUGCAGACUGUAUGUUUCCCUCCAUUGGCACCUUGGAUCUUACUAUGGCCAUCAAGAGCUGUUUUGGCUGAUGCGUGAUUUGUUUUCUACAGUGGAUAAGAAGAAGAAGCGAAGCGAAAGCCCAUCGGCCAUUCUGGGCGCAUCGUCACCAGCACCUGUCGUCUUUCCUCUCGUCGACGACACCAGAGAUACCUUCUCGACUGGUAUGCCACUCGAUGACCUCCUGCCUCUACAACAAUGCAAACACUGCAAGAAAGGCAUCCUCAAGGGUGCUGCCAAAGAACAUAUCGCUCAAUGCCUGAAAAUUAAGAAAGAGAAGGCUCAGCGAAAGAAGGAAGCCAGGGAGGCCAGAGAGCGAGCCAAAGAGGAGGCUCGUCAAGAAGAGGCUCGCAAAAACGACCCCGACGGCGACACUCUGAUGAACGAUGACAGCGACGACGACGAAGAUGACAAAAAGGGAGCUGGCGGUAAAGCAAACAAAAAGCUCGGCGGCAAGAAGCCCGACGGGGAGAGCAAAGGGGGCAAGAAGCGGAAGGCUGACGGCGAUGCAGACAAGGGGCCCAAAAACAAAAAGAAGAAGGAAGAACCCAAGCCCAAGGUCCCCAAACCUAAAGGCCCCGUGGAUGUCGAGAAACAAUGCGGUGUCAUAUUACCCAACGGCCAGCCCUGUGCUCGGUCACUGACGUGCAAGAGCCAUUCGAUGGGUGCCAAACGUGCCGUUCCCGGUCGAUCACUUCCUUAUGAUAUGUUGUUAGCAGCAUAUCAAAAGAAGAACCAGGCCAAACAGCAAAAGGCUGCUUUAGAUGCCAACGCACCACUGGAAGAUGAGGACGAAAUGAAUGCAGCGCCGGUCGACUCUGACGAAGAGACUGCGGCAGUCAUGAGUGCUCUUGCUCGUUGGAACCCACAGCCAGUGGUGCCGCAACCGGUCUUCAACCCGAUAAGACGGACAUAUCAACUAGCCCGCCUUCAUGAACAGCUGCAAACUGCCACUAAUGGUGGCCGGCAGCAUAUCUUCAAGGUCGUUGGCCAUGGUACACAAAAACUACCGGAUGCCACUAUUGAUUUAAACAUGGAUAUGGAUGAUGCACCAGGCGAGCCAGAUAUUAUGAUGAGCUCAGUGACGGCCCGACGAACGCCUAGUUUCAGCAUGUCAAAUGCCUCGAGACGUCCAUCAAUCGCAAGCCGGACAUAGGAUGCUACGGCAGAGAACGAAGGUAUAACGCCAAACAGCCCGGGUCCACGAGAACCAGGGUCGGUAUUCGAUGCAGUCGCGGCAACGCCAAUCGGAAGAUUGGCCUUCGGACCGUCACCCACGCCUGUUUCAAAAGAGCUGCCUUCCAUGGCAGGCUCUGGGACUA